UAAUGUUUGAGAGUCCAAUUGGUAGUACCAACCAUAUCCACUGGCUCCCCGGCUAUUGCGAUUACAAUGUCCGCCUUGCACAGCCCUGAGGGUACCGACACGGCGGCGGAUAGCUUCCUCGGAGCAAAGCGUGGCCGAAGAGGCUCUACGAUUCUCAAUCCUCGAUCCUAUGUAAAAGAAGAGCUGUGGAAACAGGCGCCUGUUCUUACUGGCAGCACCAAAUUCGAGCCACUACUCGACACGAAGUGCAUCCUCGUUACGGGUGGAGCUGGGUUCAUAGCUUGCUGGUUCGUCCGGCACCUUGUCCUGACAUACCCCCACUACCACGUUGUGUCCUUUGAUAAACUCGACCACUGCGCCACUCUCAACAAUACGCGAAUACUUGAUAGUAAACGAAACUUCGCAUUCGAACAAGGUGAUAUCACCUCGCCCACAGACGUCAAGCGCGUUCUUCGAAAAUACAAGGUCGAUACCAUCUUCCACUUCGCAGCGCAAUCACACGUAGAUUUAAGCUUCGGCAAUUCAUAUGAGUUCACGAACACGAACGUAUACGGGACACAUGUGCUGUUAGAAAGAGCUCGAGAGCAUGGCAUAACCAGGUUCAUACAUAUCUCGACGGACGAGGUAUAUGGCGAUGUACCAAUCGGUGCGGCAGAGCUGAGCGAGACGAGCAUUCUGGCACCAACAAAUCCAUACUCGGCGAGCAAGGCUGCAGCAGAGAUGAUGGUACUCGCAUAUAGGAGCAGCUUCAAGCUACCUAUCAUCACGGUCAGGGCCAAUAAUGUAUAUGGUCCACAUCAGUUCCCUGAGAAGAUCAUACCUAAAUUUAUCAUGCUACUACAAAGACAGCAGAAGCUUCUCCUUCACGGCGAUGGCUCACCAACACGCCGCUAUCUCUACGCAGGAGACAUUGUUGACGCGCUAGACACCAUCUUCCACAACGGGGAUAUAGGGCAAAUCUACAAUAUCGCAUCGAAAGACGAAAUAUCCAAUAUCGACAUCUGCCACAGGCUACUAGACGUCUUUGGAAUACCACAUCAAACACCGGCCGAGCUAGCGCAAUGGAUGCAGCACACAGAAGACCGGCCGUUCAAUGAUCAGCGGUAUGCUACAGACGGCUCAAAACUGACUGCACUCGGCUGGCAACCUAAAAUGAGCUUCGACGAGGGCCUCAAGAUCACGGUCGACUGGUAUCGACGCUUCGGUGAGGUUUGGUGGGGUGAUAUCAGCAGAGUACUCACACCAUUUCCUGUGGCCCACGGCAACGAGAUAUGGACGAAGGAAGAGCACGAUGACUUGCCUUCUUCUGACGGAGAGCUUGUCUAUGACGAAGACAGCGCGAGCUGGACGGAGCAGGCAAGAGAGAGACUGCAGACAUCUGAUCGGAUUGUAUAAGCCUUUGAUUUGAUGCUGUCUAGCGCUUCGCAUACGAUGCAUAUAUAAGUCUUCGCAUAGUAUGUCUGGAUAGACAUUGAGAUACCCAAUUACACCCUUGUAACGUCGA